GACGACAUUGAAUCGCACGAUAUCAGCUACAUAAGCACCGAAGACGCCCUCGUCCUACCCCUCGCCACGCUCCUCGCCCUCUGAUGGUGCCCCUCCUCUACUGCACCCGCGGAGCACCGGAUCAGCUUUCCGUCAGCUUUCAUCAGAGAUUCUAGGGUUUCCGGCCUCGAAUCCGACGGCGGAGGAGAGAUCUCUUCUCUGCUCACCUCCGUGCUCUGGUUCUGGACUAUUGCAAAUUUACUAACUUGCUUAAUCAAAUGGCGCCAUGGCGGUGAACUGGGAUUCUACAUAGAACAAGGUCGAAGCACAAGAUUGGUAUUCCUAAUUUAAGAGUCAAGUUUGAAGCACAAGAUGACAUUUGGGAUCUGCUUAUUUAAAGUGGCACCCGUAUACAAUCAAGUUUAAGAAUGGCGGGGUUGUAGAGAUUUUGUAUUACUAAUGCUAGGCCAAAUUCUUUGAUGGGGAGUAUUAACAUCUUUGCCAUUUUCAUAUUUCUUAUUAUGUGAUGUCCAAUGUCAGCAAUUGAAAGAAUGGUGUUUCAUGUUAGAUAUUAUCAUUUUUGCGAUAACUUCUUUAUUUUCAAAUACGUUAUUGGUCCCAAAAAAAAAUAUCAAAUUUCAAGCCAUUUAAAUGCAAUGGCUCUUUCUGCAAUUCCACGCAUCAAAUGUCUAUAUUUGCUGCUGCAAAUGUAGUCUUUGUAUAUAUUACUUAAUGGAAAAAUAAAUAUUGAUUUAGGGGUUGUGACAUUCAUUGGUUUGUUAUCUAAUAUCCUUUUCUGUAUUCUAAGAAAAAUGCUUUGAUUUAUCUGUUGUUUGCCCAUGCUUUUGGAUUGUUCUAGCUUUUGAAUCUUGAUAGCUCAAACAAUAGCUCACAAAUCUAGUUUAGCUUUGUUAUUUCUGUAUUUUUAGGGACAAAUCUUUAACCUUCAGUUUGUUAUUUGGCAUCUUUUGUUAAUUGACUGUGACUACAUGCCUGUAUUGUAUUCUAGUUAUCUAAUUCUCUUCUAUUAAAUAAAUUUCCAUUUUUUUUUUUUGUAGAUUUAAAAUCUGAUUGUGCUGAUGUAAAAUUGAAGAUGGACACUUAUGUUGCUUUGUAAUUUUUCUUUUGGUUGGUAUAUGCUUAUGUAUUAAAAUUAGCUGAGACUAAUUUUAAUUUUCAUUCAUAUCAUGAUAUGUCUAAUAAUUAGUUCUGAGCUCCUAGCCUUUUUAUGUCUUGCUUUUAGAAUCUGUUGCAUUGUGCUCAUGUUGUCUCAUGUUCAUGAUUCCCUGCCCAUGCCUGUACUCGUACUUUAUAGACCCUAACCAGUCUUUUUUGUCAUGCAUUAUGUAAAAUGGUUGGAGAUAGUGAGUAAGGAUUUAAUAUCCUUGAAUCUAUCAAAAGAAAUGGUCCAUGAUCGCAUAAAUUGGCGGAAAAGGAUUCAUAUAGUCGACCCCACUUAGUGGGACAAAGGCUUGGUUGUUUUGUUGUUGUUGUAUUAUGUAAAAUGUUUCAAAGGCUGAAGGUUCUCACUUUCAGAGCUUAUGCCCUUCUCAAUUGUCCUCCAUUCCUGUUUUAUAAAUAAUUCAAUUGAAACCUUGGAUUGCUUUUGGCGUAAAUUAUUGGGCUUUAUUUUGGAUAAAUGAGGGUUCUCGGAAAAAGCUUCUUUUUUCUUUCCGUGUAUGAGAAGAGAUGAUAAAUCUCUGAAACUUCUAUUUGUAAUAUUAUAUGUGAUAUCUUUUGUUGAAUGUUGAUAUUAAAUGUUUGCAAUAUGGAAAUUCUCUCUCCCAAGGUUGUUUUGCAUUACUCUUCUAGGCAAUUGGAAUUGAUUAUUGGCGUGUUAAUUUCUGUAAAAUUACUUGAGGGCUGAAGUAUCUUUCAUUUAGAACUUAUUUUGCUUCAACACAUGUAUUGUGUUUUUCAAAACGCAGAUUAUUUUCUAAUUUUAUUUAUUUUAUUUGUUCUUGUGUGAAAAGUAAUUGAAAUCUGAUGAUAGCUCUUCAUGCAGUGAGAGAGUAGAUCAUGGCAGACUUGGAAAAAUUGCUCCUAGAGGCAGCGGGAAGAACUGGUGCGGGAGGGAGGAACCAGCACUUACUUCCACCAUCUAGAAGGCGACUUCAAGGUUCAUAUUCCGAUGAUGGAAGUGAUUCUAAGGAUGAUGAUUCAGAUGAUGAUCAUGGUUAUGCAAGCAGGAAGCCCUCAGGAUCUCAAGUUCCUUUGAAAAAGAGACUGGACCCAACUGAAAGAGACAAUGAUCAGGGCAGUCAGGAAGAAGGGGAUGAUGGUUUUGCUCAUGAGGGUGAAAGUGGUGAUGACUCGGAUGUUGGGAGUGAUCUAUACAAGGAUGAAGAUGACAGAGAAGAGCUCGCUCAAUUACCUGAACUUCAGAGAGAAAUGAUUUUGUCAGAACGUGCAACAAAAAGAGAUGAUAAGAAACUGCAGCAGGUGGUUAGGUCAAAGUGGGGCAAUGAGAAGAAAACACAAUCCAGACAAGAGACACCCCCUCUUGCCUCUUCUCGUGGUGUGCGCUCAUCAGCCAGGUCUGCUGAUAGGGCAGCUGCCAAGGAUGAUGCAUUAAAUGAGUUGCGAGCAAAACGGCUGAAGCAGCAGGACCCAGAGGCUCAUCGGAAACUGAGGGAUGCUGCUCGAGGAGGUUCUGCCAAGCGGGAGUUUUCUCCAAUCAAACGUAAUGCCAUUACUGCUUCUGGUUUGAGUAGCUCCAGUCAGAGUGAGAGUGAAAGUGGGUCCCAUAGUGAAGAUGAUGAAUCAACAGGGGAUGGAGGAAUGGCUGACAGUGAUGACGAUGGGGACAUGGGCCGGCCUGAGGUGCCAACAUUUGAUGAUAUAAAGGAGAUUACAAUUCGGAGGUCAAAACUGGCAAAAUGGUUUAUGGAGCCAUUCUUUGAAGAGCUGAUUGUGGGCUGCUUCGUGAGGGUUGGAAUAGGGAAGUCAAAAGCUGGCCCUAUCUAUAGGUUGUGCAUGGUCCGGAAUGUCGACGCCACUGACCCUGAUCGGUAUUACAAACUAGAGAACAAAACUACACAUAAGUAUCUCAACUGUGUUUGGGGCAAUGAAAGCUCUGCUGCAAGGUGGCAGAUGGCUAUGGUUUCAGACUCUGCACCACUCAAGGAGGAGUUUGACCAGUGGGUAAGGGAGGUGGAGCGUAGUGGGGGCCGGAUGCCAAGCAGACAGGAAGUGCUGGACAAAAGUGAGGCUAUACAAAAAACCAACAAUUUUGUUUACUCUGCAGCUACUGUGAAGCAGAUGCUACAGGAGAAGAAAUCGGCCUCAUCAAGGCCAUUAAAUAUUGCGGCAGAGAAAGACCGGCUGAGGAGGGAGAUGGACGUGGCAGAAAGUAAGCAUGAUGAUGCUGAGGUUGAGAGGAUCAAGGCAAGGCUGCAGCAUCUUGAGGCAUCCCGUCAAGCCCAAGAGAAAGAUGCCAAGGCUAUUAGGCUGGCUGAAAUGAACAGAAAGAACAGGGUUGAGAAUUUUAAAAAUGCAUCAGAAUUAAAACCAGUUAACACCAGUUUGAAGGCCGGGGAGGCUGGGUAUGAUCCUUUUUCGAGGAGGUGGACACGGUCAAGGAAUUACUAUGUAUCGAAGCCUGGUGGAGUAGAGGAGGCUGCUGUUGUAGCAAAUGGUGAUGCAAUAGCUGCAUUGGCAUCUGUAGACAGUAAUGGUGCAGGAGUGAGGGUUACAGCCGAGGCUGGCAUGGCAGCUACGACAGCAGCUUUAGAAGCUGCAGCUGAUGCGGGGAAAUUGGUGGACACAAAUGCUCCUGUGGAUCUAGGCACAGAAUCGAAUUCACUGCACAAUUUUGAGCUUCCAAUCUCAUUGGCUGCACUCCAGAAGUUGGGUGGCCCUCAGGGAGCCCAGGCAGGGUUCAUGGCAAGGAAGCAGAGGAUAGAAGCCACGAUAGGACGCCAGGUCCCCGAGAAUGAUGGGAGGAGACAUGUGUUGACGCUGACUGUUGGCGACUAUAAAAGGCGGAGAGGGCUGCUAUGAAAUCUUGUGAUUUUUGCUUCCUAGUGCCACCAUCUGUUCAUGCCUUGUCUUCGUGGGAAAGUGAAAGUUUGUUCUUGAGGUCUCUGUAAAUUUAUAUCAUGUAAUUUAUAUCAUGACCUAGACGUAUUUGAUCCCCUUCAUGAAGCCUUAUUUUUUGGUCAGGCCAGCAUGCGGCCCAGAUAAUGUGUUUUUGGCUGUUGUCCUCAUGUGCUGCUCUUCUUUGUUUUGUUGGGGGGGUGGGGGGUUGGCCGUGCGAGAGGAAUAGAAGGCUUGGGAUGGGAAAGAAAAGCUUGUGAUGCUCCAAUAUAUUUAUUUAAUUUAAAAUGGGUGCAUGAAGAGGUUCCUCUUAAA